AUGGUAAUACACUCCCGAAAACAGAACAAAUUCUUAUACGUGAGCGGAGACGGUAGAGUUUUCACCUUGGGAGAGGUUUCUAAACACAGUAGUAACCAAGACUGUUGGAUCGUCAUCGACGGCAAAGUGGUCUAUGAUGUGACAAAGUUCUUGGACGACCAUCCUGGUGGUGACGAUGUCAUCUUGACUUCUACAGGGAAAGAUGCUACGGAUGAUUUUGAGGAUGUGGGACACAGUACCACUGCUAAAGCCAUGCUAGAUGAGUACUAUGUUGGUGAUAUUGCCUCCUCCACUGUCCCGACCAAAACCACGUUUGUUCCUCCUCCUCCAAACCAGAAACAGUCUAGCCAGACACAGAGCUCGGAACUUGUCAUUAAGACACUUCAGUUCCUUGUUCCUCUUCUCAUUUUAGGAUUGGCUCUUGGUAUCCAUUCUUACACCAAGACUCCUUGA